AUGUAAGCUAGCAUUUUAUUAUUUUUCAGUAUGUACAAUCCAUUAAAAAUCUGUAUUAAAACAUGGCCAUCAGGUUGUAUAGUUCUGGGGUUAGUUAACGGAAUGCUUAGCUAAUAACACACUACCUCCAUUUCUGCUUUUUAAUUUGUGAAAAUAUGAAUAUUGCAUUGCGUAUCCGAGUUAAUUCAACAUGGGAGCGUACAAAUAUAUACAGGAGCUAUGGCGCAAGAAGCAGUCCGACGUGAUGCGCUUUCUCCUGCGCGUCCGAUGCUGGCAGUACCGUCAGCUCUCCGGUCUCCACCGUGCGCCUAGACCCACCAGACCAGACAAGGCGCGCAGACUGGGGUACAAGUGCAAACAAGGCUAUGUCAUCUACCGUGUCCGUGUUCGCCGUGGAGGCCGCAAGCGCCCCGUGCCCAAGGGUGCCACCUACGGCAAGCCCGUCCACCAUGGUGUCAACCAGAUCAAGUUUGCCCGCAGCCUCCAGUCCACUGCUGAGGAGCGUGCUGGUCGUCACUGUGGAGGCCUGAGGGUGCUGGCCUCUUACUGGGUAGGAGAGGACUCCACCUACAAGUUCUUCGAAGUGAUCCUGAUCGACACCUUCCACAAGGCUAUCAGACGCAACCCCGACACCCAAUGGAUCACCAGGCCCGUGCACAAGCACAGGGAGAUGCGUGGCCUGACGUCCGCGGGCAAGAAGAGCCGUGGCCUGGGCAAGGGCCACAAGUUCCACAUGACCAUGGGUGGUUCCCGCCGGGCAGCCUGGAAGAGACGCAAUACCCUGCAGCUGCACCGCUACCGCUAGAGGGUGUCUGUACAUUUAAAGAAAUAAACACAUGCCUUUUUAUGGUGACAAAAUGUU